AUGAAGACACAUGAAAGUCAUCCGCAGCAUCCCUUGUUUCUUACCUCAUCCGAACCCAUUGACUGUGGUGCUUGUAAUGAGAUUGCAUCACCUGUAUUGAACUGCGUUGACUGUGGCUUUUCUUUGGGAUAUGACUGCGCUACUUUGCCUAACAAGGUCAAGCACAAAUGCGACACACAUUUUCUCUCUGUCUGCUAUGGAGAAGAGACGAGUGGGGAAUACUGGUGCGAGGCAUGCGAGAGAAAAGUCAACCCGAGUACAAGAUUCUACACAUGUGAAGAUUGCAGCUCCACUCUUCACAUCACAUGCGUGAUUGGGGAAUUCACAUUCUGGAGACCAGGGAAGAUGGCCAUAUCACGUCACGAAGUCGCAAUAAUUCCCAAUGAUUUUGCAUCUCGGCCAUAUUGUUAUAUGUGCAGGUCCCGUUGCGAAGACACUUCAGAAAAGCCAUAGUUGUGAAUGUCAAGGCAAACCGAGACAUAUGCAGAAAACAUAUGAUGAUUCACCAGCAUUCAACAGCUGACUGCCA